AUCCAUACAUUGCCCACAAAUUUAACAAGGCGAGACGAAUAACCUCUUAUAUGCUGUCAUUCAGUGGGUAUCGGAGUUCAAUCAUUGACAGACUUCUAUAACGUAUCGCCCGCGAGCAUGUCGACAGGAGAUGGUUCAACCUCAAUGGCAAUACCUAUAGUUGAUUUCACAUCCUGGAAGAAUACUCAGGACCAAGCUUCUCGGCUAAGAACGGCACAAGAACUUGUCAAAGCCUGCCAAACCGUGGGUUUUGUCUACAUCAUCAACCACUCGUUGUCCGAGUCUGUCCUGGAUGAAGCAUUUGAUUGGAUGAAACGUCUUUUCAAUCUCCCUGAAGAGGAGAAAAUGAAAGCGCCCCAUCCUGAAGGUUGGGCAGUGCAUCGGGGUUACUCAUGGCCGGGAUUGGAGAAAGUCUCCCAGACGAUGGCCACAGAUUAUGAUGAAGAGGCAAAAAAAAGGUUGCGAGAGAUCCCAGAUGUCAAAGAAGUAUAUGAUAUCGGGAGUGAUGAAAACACUGACCAACCCAAUCAAUGGAUACCAGACGAGGCCAUCGCGGGCUUCAGGGCUUUUAUGAUCAAGUUCUAUUGGGAGUGCUGGGCAGUCGGCAAGGAGCUUUUACGUGCUCUAGCCAUUGGAUUGAAUCUAGAGGACGAUUCUUACCUAGUCAACAAGCAUUCGGGACAUGGUAAUCAACUACGGCUACUACAUUACUUGCCCGUUCCAGCCGAGGAUCUUGAGAAAGAGCGGACAGCCCGUUGUCCAGCGCAUACGGAUUGGAGUACCUUAACUAUGCUAUUUCAAGACGAUUGCGGGGGUCUGGAGGUUGAAGAUGCUUCGUGGCCUGGCACAUUCGUUCCUGCACCUCCUCUGAAGAAUGCCAUUGUGGUAAAUGUUGGUGACCUUCUUCAAAUGUGGAGUAAUGACCGACUCAGGUCUACAAACCACAGGGUCAGAAUGCCACCACUCGCCGAUCGCUAUGAGGGUCCAAAUCGGAUGACCCGCGAGCGGUUCUCGAUUCCCUACUUUAUGUCUCCAGACCCGACAUCUGUAAUUGAAUGUAUUCCAUCGUGUAUGAGCGAGGACCAACCCGCCAAGUACAAACCAAUUACACAGGCAGAGUAUAACAAGAUGCGAGCCUCUAUGAUGUACUGAGCACGCCCGAGUAAAUUUGCUCAGCCAGGUACUUCUUCUAUAUAAUUAGGAUAUUGUCAGCCCGCUUUGUUGGAAAUGGAGUUGAGCAAUUGACCAAACGGUAUAUUGGGUAGCAAUCAUCGCAUGUGCUUGGAUUUGUAUAUUGCGCACAAUCCAAAUUUUGACCGCGCUCACCAGCAUUUCUUUGAACGGCACCAUCUCCAACCAACCUGAACGAAUAAGAAGUGCCAGUCGAGCACAA